GCAUCACAGAACCGCCAUGUCCGCCUCGUGGCAGCCGCUAGUAAUUAUGCUGCUAGCACCUCUGACUUGUCUGGCGACGUGUGGCAAUCGGCCGAUCGCCUCCACACCUCUGGGACAAGUUCUGGGUUCGACGCUGACGACGCUCGACGGCAAAAACUUCUCAGCCUUCCGUGGAAUACGCUACGCUAAGGCGCCUGUUGGUGACUUGCGCUUCAAGCCUCCCUCACCAGUGGAUGCGUGGGAUGGGAUCCUAAAUGCCACAGUGGAUGGACCCUGGUGUCCCCAAGCAGACAGGCCCAAUGGGAGUGAAGACUGCUUGUUUCUGAAUGUGUAUACAUCACAGUUGCCAGACAAAAGAAGCAGGCCAAAGAAACCUGUUCUUAUCUUUUUUCACCCUGGUGGAUUCUACAGCAUGAGAGCCACCAGUGAUCUGUUUGGUCCAGAGUACUUCAUGGAUGAGGACAUCGUAUUGCUGACAGCAAAUUAUAGACUGGGGGCUCUAGGGUUCUUAAGUACAGGAGAUUCUAUUAUGCCUGGAAAUUAUGGCUUCAAGGACCAGGUAGAAGUCCUACGGUGGGUGCAGAAAAACAUUGCUGCAUUUGGUGGAGACCCGGAAAAUGUUACAAUUUGUGGUUACAGUGCUGGGUCAAUCAGUGUUCUGCUGCAUAUGCUGUCUACCAUGUCAAAAGGACUGUUUCAUCGGGCAAUUGCAAUGAGUGGUGGUGUCCAGUCAAUUGUACUUCAUGAUCCAUUAGGACAAGCAAAGAAGCAAGCACAGCUAUUGAACUGCCCUGACAGUUCAUCAAAGGAAAUAUACAACUGCUUAAAAGAGAAAGAUGCUCAGGAAAUUGCUGAUUCCAUAACUGGAUUUUAUGAAUUUGUGUAUGAUCCAAUUCUGAUAUACAAAGCAACUAUUGAAAAGGAUUAUGGGAAUGGAGCGGAAAGAUUUCUAACCGAGGAUCCUACAAAACAAUUCCUUUCAGGAAAUUUUACUCAUGUGCCACUGAUGACUGGAAGCACUAAAGAUGAAUUUUCAUGGAAAGCUUUGCAGGUUCUUGCAAAUGGUUCUGCAGCUGAAGAAAUGACUGAGCACUAUGAAAAGAUUUUUCCCAUUUGUUUUCUGUAUGAGCAAAACACAGAACAUUCCCACACAAUCAGCAAGAAUUUGAGGAGUUUCUACCUUCACAACCAGCCCAUAACAAAUAAUACAAGGAAUGAGCUUGGAAAACUGUAUGCUGAUUCAAUUACGAUAUUCCCAGUAUAUCGGCCGGCUCAAAUACUAUCCAAAAUAAACACAAUUCCAGUGUAUUACUACCAGUUCACUUAUCAAGGGAGAUACAGUUGGGUGGAUGCACCUGGAACUACUACACCUUAUGGUGUCGUGCAUCAUGAUGAUCUCAUUUACUUAUUCUACAUUUCAACGCUUUUCCCAUUCUUUAAUAAGGAUGACCCUGAAUACAUAACAGUGAAGAGAAUGACUAAAAUGUGGUCCAAUUUUGCUAAAUCAGGCAAUCCAACAUCAGAGAAGGAUGACACAGUAAAUGUGGAUUGGAAACCACUUACAGCAUCUCAGAAACAAUAUAUGGAAAUAGGCUCACAACUCACAAUGAAGAAGGGUUUAUACUACUAUGAUCGCAUGUCUGAAUGGAACAAACUUUUUCCACUGCCCUGUGUUAGUGCUCACAAAUGAUAUCCUUGAUACUGUUUUGAAUUACAGGUGAUUAAAAAGUAUAUGACACACAGAAGCAUAUUUUACAAAUGCACCAAAAAUAUUUUACUUACUGCUGCCUGGCAGUUGCCAAUGUAUUUACGUUAAAUGAAUAAAAAUCAGUUUAAACAG